CGUGCCUCCUCGAUUUUCCCCUCCCUACCCCUCUUUGCUUUCCUCUCCCCUUCCCUGUAUAGCAUAUUCCAGAAAAGGCAGCAGAAGGGGAUAGAAACCUCUAGUGUAGAAAGGGAUUUGGAUGGGGUGGCCAGCGUUCCUGCCAGCCGCUACCUAACAGCUGGAGCUUGAGUGUGCAGGUAAGAGUGUGAAUGCCGCUCGCUCGCUCUCUCUCUUUCUCUUUUCUCUCCCCUCUCUCUGCAUCUCUCCCUUCCUGCCUCCUUCUCCCUCUCCUUCAUACUACAGUGUCAGCUACCCCUGUUAGUUUCCCUGUGUCAGUUUCUUCCCUAGAUCUUAUUGUGUGUAGCUGGCUGCAUGAAGGGAGUGUGUGCGCUUGAAGGAGCUCAGGUUGGGUUAGAGAGCUGGGAGAACAGGGCAGGGACACUGGUAGAGCAAAGAGUUUCGGGGCACUGGCGAAGGUGAAAGGUGAGGAGGGCUGAUCUGUUACAGGGAAGUUUGGGAAUAACUGAGUAUCCAAAGGGGAAGCCAAGGUAGGAGUCAGUACUUGCGCUCCUCUCUACACCCCGCCCCUUUCCCUGUGCUCAUCUGCCCGCCUACCCGUCAGCCCAGAGGCCCCAGGCUGUCCCAGGCGGCUGCUGUUUGCGCGCUGGGAAAGAGGAGUCCGGCAAGGCACAGUACCUCGCAUCCUGGCCGGCCGACACCCAGAGGACACAGGUCUGAUCCAGAGGAAGCACUUGGCUCAGGCUUUCUAAAUUGCUAUGAACCAUGGCCCAACUGUACUACAAAAAGGUCAACUACUCACCAUACAGAGACCGCAUCCCCUUGCAAAUUGUGAGGGCUGAGACAGAGCUCUCUGCGGAGGAGAAGGCCUUCCUCAAUGCUGUGGAGAAGGGGGACUAUGCCACUGUGAAGCAGGCCCUUCAGGAGGCUGAGAUCUACUAUAAUGUCAACAUCAACUGCAUGGACCCCCUGGGCCGGAGUGCCCUGCUCAUUGCCAUUGAGAAUGAGAACCUGGAGAUCAUGGAGCUACUGCUGAACCACAGUGUGUAUGUGGGUGAUGCACUGCUCUAUGCCAUACGCAAGGAAGUGGUGGGCGCUGUGGAGCUUCUGCUCAGCUAUAGGCGGCCCAGUGGAGAGAAGCAGGUCCCCACUCUCAUGAUGGACACCCAGUUCUCUGAGUUCACACCAGACAUCACUCCCAUCAUGCUGGCUGCCCACACCAACAACUACGAAAUCAUCAAAUUGCUUGUGCAAAAACGGGUCACUAUCCCACGGCCCCACCAGAUCCGCUGCAACUGUGUGGAGUGUGUGUCUAGUUCAGAGGUAGACAGCCUGCGCCACUCUCGCUCCCGACUGAACAUCUAUAAGGCUCUGGCAAGCCCCUCACUCAUUGCCUUAUCAAGCGAGGAUCCCAUCCUAACUGCCUUCCGCCUGGGCUGGGAGCUCAAGGAGCUCAGCAAGGUGGAAAAUGAGUUCAAAGCCGAAUAUGAGGAGCUCUCUCAGCAGUGCAAACUCUUUGCCAAGGACCUGCUGGACCAAGCUCGGAGCUCCCGGGAACUGGAGAUCAUCCUCAACCAUCGAGAUGACCACAGUGAAGAGCUUGACCCUCAGAAGUACCAUGACCUGGCCAAGCUGAAGGUGGCAAUCAAAUACCACCAGAAAGAGUUUGUUGCUCAGCCCAACUGCCAACAGUUGCUUGCCACCCUGUGGUAUGAUGGCUUCCCUGGAUGGCGGCGGAAACACUGGGUAGUCAAGCUUCUAACCUGCAUGACCAUUGGGUUCCUGUUUCCCAUGUUGUCUAUAGCCUACCUGAUCUCACCCAGGAGCAACCUUGGGCUGUUCAUCAAGAAACCCUUUAUCAAGUUUAUAUGCCACACAGCAUCCUAUUUGACUUUCCUCUUCAUGCUUCUCCUGGCUUCUCAACACAUUGUCAGGACAGACCUUCAUGUACAGGGGCCUCCCCCAACAGUCGUGGAAUGGAUGAUAUUGCCUUGGGUUCUAGGUUUCAUUUGGGGUGAGAUUAAGGAAAUGUGGGAUGGUGGAUUUACUGAAUACAUUCAUGACUGGUGGAACCUGAUGGAUUUUGCAAUGAACUCCCUCUACCUGGCAACUAUUUCCUUGAAGAUUGUGGCCUAUGUCAAGUAUAAUGGUUCUCGUCCAAGGGAGGAAUGGGAAAUGUGGCACCCUACUCUGAUUGCAGAAGCACUCUUCGCGAUAUCCAACAUUUUAAGUUCCUUGCGUCUCAUAUCCCUGUUCACAGCCAACUCCCACUUAGGACCUCUGCAGAUCUCUUUGGGACGCAUGCUUCUUGAUAUCCUCAAAUUCCUCUUUAUCUACUGCCUGGUACUGCUAGCUUUUGCCAAUGGACUGAACCAGCUUUAUUUCUAUUAUGAGACUAGAGCUAUCGAUGAGCCUAACAACUGCAAGGGGAUCCGAUGUGAGAAACAGAACAAUGCCUUCUCCACGCUCUUUGAGACUCUUCAGUCACUCUUCUGGUCUGUAUUUGGCCUUUUAAAUCUAUAUGUCACCAAUGUGAAAGCCAGACACGAAUUCACUGAGUUUGUAGGAGCUACCAUGUUUGGAACGUACAACGUCAUCUCCCUGGUAGUGCUGCUGAACAUGCUGAUUGCUAUGAUGAACAACUCUUACCAGCUUAUUGCCGAUCAUGCUGAUAUUGAGUGGAAGUUUGCAAGGACGAAGCUCUGGAUGAGUUACUUUGAUGAAGGUGGCACCUUGCCACCUCCUUUCAACAUCAUCCCAAGCCCCAAGUCAUUUCUAUACCUUGGUAACUGGUUCAACAACACCUUCUGUCCCAAAAGAGACCCUGACGGUAGACGGAGAAGGCGAAACUUGAGAAGCUUCACAGAUCGCAAUGCCGACAGCCUGAUACAAAAUCAACAUUAUCAGGAAGUUAUCAGGAAUUUAGUCAAAAGAUAUGUGGCUGCUAUGAUAAGAAAUUCCAAAACAAAUGAGGGGCUAACAGAAGAAAAUUUUAAGGAAUUAAAGCAAGACAUCUCCAGCUUCCGAUAUGAAGUUCUUGACCUCUUGGGAAAUAGAAAACACCCAAGGAGAAGCUUUUCCACCAGCAGCACUGAACUCUCUCAGAGAGAUGAUACUAAUGAUGGCAGUGGUGGGGCUCGGGCCAAAUCCAAGAGUGUCUCUUUUAAUUUAGGCUGCAAGAAAAAGGCUUGCCAUGGGCCACCUCUCAUCAGAACCAUGCCAAGAUCCAGUGGUGCCCAGGGAAAGUCAAAAGCUGAGUCAUCAAGCAAACGCUCCUUCAUGGGUCCUUCUCUCAAGAAACUGGGUCUCCUAUUCUCCAAAUUUAAUGGUCAUAUGUCUGAACCCAGUUCAGAGCCAAUGUACACAAUUUCUGGUGGAAUUGUUCAGCAGCACUGUAUGUGGCAGGACAUCAGAUAUUCUCAGAUGGAGAAAGGGAAAGCAGAGGCCUGUGCUCAAAGUGAAAUUAACCUCAGUGAGGUAGAAUUAGGUGAAGUCCAGGGCGCUGCUCAGAGCAGUGAAUGCCCUCUAGCCUGUUCCAGCUCUCUUCACUGUGCAUCCAGCAUCUGCUCCUCAAAUUCUAAACUUUUAGACUCCUCAGAGGAUGUAUUUGAAACUUGGGGAGAGGCUUGUGACUUGCUCAUGCACAAAUGGGGUGAUGGACAGGAAGAACAAGUUACAACUCGGCUCUAAGUCAAGUCCUUAUCAUCUGUUCUGGAACUCAACAGAAAUUUGUCAUUUCCUUGCUCUCAGAGGUGACACAAGAUAUGAUUCCCUUACUGCCCCUGCCCCCCAAAAAGGAGAGUGAAACUCCCAUUUGCACCAUCUUUUAUAGCCACAUUCUCCAUUUUUGUUGUUUUAUUACAUUAUUUUUUGCCUUUUUAUACCUAUAAACACUAAGCCCAUCUUACAACCAACUGAAAGAGUGUUGCACCUAAUUAGCAAGGUGCAGUUGGGUGCUUCACCCUUUUUCUUUGAUUUUAUUACCCAUGCUUACUUGAAGCCCCAGGUGCCACCUUGCUGUUGCUGCCACACAGAUUCC